AUGAAGUCCCCUGUGCGACUCCUCGAAAAGGCUCAUUCCAUACUAUUUCAAUUUUCUCGACAACUACAGAUGGCUGAAUCUGUAAAAAAACGGGAUACGUCAAGAUGUUGUGGUGUUGUUCAUGUUCGAACGUUUGCUCUGAUUAUUGUCCUACUGGAAAUCGCGUUUCUUAUUUAUCAGAGCAUGCUUGCAACGUCAUAUGUGUUCUCAGCCUCUUCGUCGAAUCACGGCCUCUUGGCUACCGUAUACAGCUUGGCUGUACUUGUUGCAUGGGUGGCUGUAACUCUUCUUCUACUUGGUAUUCUAUGUCAAAUACCAACCUUACUUGUGCCACAUAUGUUGAUGCAGCGAAUUGAUACGCCAAAGACUUUAUCCGUUCACUUUUAUUAUAUUUACUAUUUAUUAUUAUUAUUAUUAUUAUUAUUAUUAUUAUUAUUAUUAUUAUUAUUAUUAUUAUUAUUAUUAUUAUUAUUAUUAUUAUUAUUAUUAUUAUUAUUAUUAUUAUUAUUAUUAUUAUUAUUAUUAUUAUUAUUAUUAUUAUUAUUAUUAUUAUUAUUAUUAUUAUUAUUAUUAUUAUUAUUAUUAUUAUUAUUAUUAUUAUUAUUAUUAUUAUUAUUAUUAUUAUUAUUAUUAUUAUUAUUAUUAUUAUUAUUAUUAUUAUUAUUAUUAUUAUUAUUAUUAUUAUUAUUAUUAUUAUUAUUAUUAUUAUUAUUAUUAUUAUUAUUAUUAUUAUUAUUAUUAUUAUUAUUAUUAUUAUUAUUAUUAUUAUUAUUAUUAUUAUUAUUAUUAUUAUUAUUAUUAUUAUUAUUAUUAUUAUUAUUAUUAUUAUUAUUAUUAUUAUUAUUAUUAUUAUUAUUAUUAUUAUUAUUAUUAUUAUUAUUAUUAUUAUUAUUAUUAUUAUUAUUAUUAUUAUUAUUAUUAUUAUUAUUAUUAUUAUUAUUAUUAUUAUUAUUAUUAUUAUUAUUAUUAUUAUUAUUAUUAUUAUUAUUAUUAUUAUUAUUAUUAUUAUUAUUAUUAUUAUUAUUAUUAUUUAUUAUUAUUAUUAUUAUUAUUAUUAUUAUUAUUAUUAUUAUUAUUAUUAUUAUUAUUAUUAUUAUUAUUAUUAUUAUUAUUAUUAUUAUUAUUAUUAUUAUUAUUAUUAUUAUUAUUAUUAUUAUUAUUAUUAUUAUUAUUAUUAUUAUUAUUAUUAUUAUUAUUAUUAUUAUUAUUAUUAUUAUUAUUAUUAUUAUUAUUAUUAUUGACAAUUAUUUCCUCCUUUCCCUAGGAAGCAUCUCCAAUCGUUUAGCUUCCAUGUUUCGGAACACAAACCCUAUAUAUAGCAACAUACGGUAA